AUGGCUUCUAUUCCUCUUCUUCUCCUCCUCAUCCUCUCUGGUUCUUUGCAUGCAUGCUCCCCUCGUCCUAUUACUAAAAAAGACUCAACAAAACCUCAUUUCGACAAGCUAGAAGAAAAUCCAGUACAGCAACAAAAAAUCUUAAAUAAUGAAAUAAAUAUUUGUGUGGGUUGUAGCAGUGCAUCAACUUUGAAGAUAGUGAUCGUAGGGUCAUCUUUCCAUACGGGUUCUUCAUCUCUUCUUCUCGUAGCAAAGGAUGAGAGGAGACAUGCAAGGUCAAUGCUGGGACCAGCUAGACACCAUGUUGAAGAAACAAUGGUUACAAACACCAAUGAGAAUGAAGAAGACAUAGUUGAGAUGGAUUAUGCACAACCACAUCGGAAACCACCUAUUCACAAUGAAAACCCAUGA